CAAAGAGCCUAAUAGGUGUCCUUAAUUGCGCCUGUCCAAAAAUUGACUUGCUAACGUGUAGGGGGCGGGAUUUCCGGAAAUCGAGCGUCACUCAAGUGUUUUGAUGUCGAUUUGCUUCCAUAUGCAAAGAAGGACUUGACGACUUUAAAAGAUGAGUAUAGAAGUGGAGAGGAAGUUUGUGUGUGAUGCCAAAAGUCUCAAAGUCCUGGAGGAAAUUGGAGUUUGUGCCGGUCAGUGCCAAUUCCAGGACCGGUACUUUGACACCCCACAAUUUGACCUGACUUUGAGAGACUUCUGGCUGCGUCAACGCAAAGGAUGCUGGGAGCUCAAGUGUCCACUCGCACCGGUCAAAGGGGCAAGCGCGACUCCCGGAGAACCAUCCAGAGCAGACACACUUUGCACUCGCUAUAAAGAAAUCACUAACGUGGCCGAUAUUCAUCUGAAGCUAAAGGAAGUUCUUAAGGACAUUUUCAAAAAUGAAGAAAUCUUAAUGACUGAGAGCUGCCAGACAUUAAUUGACCACCAAAAUGAGUUUUGGGCGAGUGCUAUGAAUCUGGUAUGCUUUGCUGAAUUUACCACAGUGAGGCGAACUUUCACUUUCGAAGGCGAGGGUGUGCACGUAGAUCUAGACGAAGCGGAUUUUGGCUACAGUGUGGGAGAAAUCGAGGUCCUCCUACCAGAGGGAGGAGACAUGCAGGCGGCUCUGGACAAAAUUGAAAGAACCGCAAAGAAGCUUGGUGUGACCGGAGACCAGGGAGUUGAUGGGAAAAUGUCUGUUUACCUUCAAAGAAACUACCCAGCACACUAUGCCAGGCUAUUGAGUCAAAACAUUUUGUAAGACAACUUGCAAAGAUGACAAAUCUCUUUAGCCGUGCUGUUAUUUAUUUAGGGAAUGUAUCAUUUACGCGAAUAAGGCCAGUAGAUGAUUUUCUCACGUUUUUGGUAUUGUCGCAAACACUGUAAAAAAAACAACAACCUAAUACUGACUGCAUUUCCAUCCACAAAUAAAAUGAUAUCGUGCACAUCGAACUGUACUGUAGAAUAACUUUGUUUUUGUGAAGUGUUGAUUAAGAAAAAUAAACCCAAAUACUUUGUGAAUUCACUGGGUAAGCAAAUAAAUAAAAUAU